CUACACACAUAUCAUUCCACUUGUGUAUAUAUAUAUAUACAUGUAAGCAUUUGCAAGAUCAUUGUGUGUAGGUUUUUGCUCUGUAAUUUCUGCGUUAUCUCUCUCUAGAUUCUUUUUUGACCAAUCGAUUAUACAAUCGAGAGGUUUCUGGCUUUCAUAGGGUUAAUCUGGCUGCUUUUGGUGGCUAAUUUUGGGAUAAUUAGCUUUCUUCUACACUAGUUCAAUCAUGUUUUUACUUGAUUGGUUCUAUGGAGUGCUAGCUUCGCUCGGUUUAUGGCAGAAGGAAGCCAAGAUCUUGUUUCUAGGUCUUGAUAAUGCCGGAAAAACGACGCUGCUUCACAUGUUGAAGGAUGAGAGAUUAGUCCAACACCAGCCUACACAGUAUCCAACAUCUGAGGAGUUGAGUAUUGGGAAAAUCAAGUUUAAGGCAUUUGAUUUGGGAGGCCAUCAGAUUGCUCGUAGAGUUUGGAAAGAUUACUAUGCCAAGGUGGAUGCAGUUGUUUACCUGGUGGAUUCUUAUGACAAGGAGAGAUUUGCCGAAUCAAAAAAAGAAUUGGAUGCCCUCCUCUCAGAUGACGCUUUGGCCAAUGUUCCAUUCCUUAUCCUAGGCAACAAAAUUGAUAUACCAUAUGCAGCCUCAGAAGAUGAGUUGCGGCACCACCUGGGCUUGACCAACUUCACCACUGGCAAGGGUAAGGUGAACUUGGGAGACUCAAAUGUCCGUCCCAUGGAGGUAUUCAUGUGUAGCAUUGUUCGAAAAAUGGGCUAUGGAGAUGGUUUCAAGUGGCUUUCUCAGUAUAUCAACUAGUGAGGUAUGGGGAAUUAAGUUCUAUUAAGUUCAUAAUGAGACUUGAAAAGUGACUCAUGAUUCGCGUUAUGAUUGUAUUGGAAAGAUGCUUGUGAUUUCUUCCUUUGGCGCUUCCAUAGAUUUCAAAUGGUUUUCACUUUCUUCUUCCCCAGCAACUCAAUGCUUCUCAUCCAAUCUACGAUGAGAUGAUUAUGUGUCCCCUGAACCAAAUUCUUGAUGAAAAAAGAAAAGAAAGAAAGUAAUGUAAUAGCAAUGCUUAUCUUGA